CAACACAAAUAUACUCAAAGCGUAGCCCGACGAAAACAAGGAAGUAACGAGCAAAAAAGACGAGGAACUUUGAGCAAACCGUGUAUUUAUUGUCACAUAAACGCAGAAUUCGGUCUGUAUAAUUUUUCAUCCACUAGAAUAUAAUAUCUACAGUGAAGAAAAAUGAACAACAAAGGUUCAUAUCCACAACAAGCUGUUUACCCUCAGCAGAGCACAGCACCCGUUUAUCCACCUGCUAUGCAAGUCCCUCCUCAGGUGUCUCCAUAUCCAGAUGCCCCUCCUCCAUACUCCGAGGUUUAUCAGCCCAGGUAUAUGGCUCCUCCCCCAGCCCCUGGACAGAUGCCCCCAAUGACCUCAGCCUACCCUGGUACCCAGAUGUACAUGCCCAUGCAUGCUCAGACUGUGCCCAUGGGGGCCAUGGCCCCUAGUGUCCCAAUGGCAUAUUAUCCGAUGGGGCCCGUGUACCCCACUGGUUCCACCGUCAUGGUGGACGGUGGAUUUGAUGCUGGAGCUCGCUUUGGGCCCGGCACCAGUACUUCCAUUCCUCCUCCACCUCCUGGACACCUCCCUAACGCGGCUCAGAUGGCAGCCAUGCAAGGUGCAAAUGUGGUGAUGACACAACGCAAGGGCAACUUUUUCAUGGGCGGCUCCAGCGGCGGUUACACCAUCUGGUAACAGUGAGCACCCACCCAGGGCCUGGACCGAAGCCCUCCUUCCUUCUCCCUGGUUCCCUUUACCUGUUCUCCCACCCCUGCCUCCUUUGGGGCUGCUUGGCUAAGCCACAAUACUGAUUUAAUCUAAUGGAAUGUAAUGUUUUAGAGCCCCUUACUCAAGGUACACUACGCCGCUGUUGAUAUAAUUGUGUAAUAUCGCAAUUACGUAAUGUUUAACACAAUUAUUGCAUAUUCACAAUUAAAAAAAACGCAUGAUAAUUGUAAGUUGGAACAUCUAGUGAUCAUAUGUCAUAAUUAUCGGUUGACUAGUUAAGAGAGUAAACAAGUUUUAAGGUGAAGACCAGGUCAUUUUUACCUUUGACUCUUACAACUUCAUUUUUACAGUACGUUUUCUAGUUUUUGGUCGUCUUCUUGAGCCAGAGAUCAUGCCAAGAGAACCGAGUCAGUUUGAUCAUCUGUGUAAAGUAGCUAUGCACUUGAAACUUUCUCUUUGAAUAGUAUGCUUAACUACGCCUUUCAUUCAUAUUCUUAAGGUCUUGUCCGAUAUGUAUAAUGCAGAUUUAAGCACUCUUAAUCAAAGAGAAAGUUGUGUUUACAACUUCAAACAACAACAACAACAACAACGGCGGCGUAUCGUACCUUUGGGCAAGCUUAUAUAAAUAUUAUCAGGUGCCAAAACUGCACCAUUAUUUAAAAGCAAAGGAAUUUACAUAUGAAUGAACCUAAAUGCAGUAAAAGAGAGAGCGAACAAGAAUAACUAAACUGGUUCAGAAAAGUAGGAUUUUGUUUUUCAAUAUUUUCCCUCUGAUGUCGGAUACCCAGAGCUGUACAUAUAGCCGUUUCACUUAGUUUAGCGUGUGUUGUGUGUGUGUGUUCCAGCUAUAUGUGCUUCUACACAAAAUUUCCACAAAGGUAAAGCUGUUUACAGAGGUCAGGGCUUAAUCAAAUUUCAGUAUUUUAAACAAUUUGGCACAUCAGGCUUUUUUUUUUUCUUUGUUUUUGUGUGUGGGGAGCUGCUUGUACCAAAGAUCUGGACUAGAAUGCACUAAAAGCGUUUCGCUUUUUGUAAGUCUUCUGUCAUAGUGCAUCUGCACACAGAUUCAUACUGAAAUAAAUAAACAUAUCAUAUUUAGAUGAUGGUGAUUGCUUUCCGGGCAGAGCACACCACUGCUGUGACUGCAUUUUCUAGGGGUUGUGUUUUAAAAAUAUAUAAAUGUUUCCUAGUUGCAUCUUGAUGUUUCUGCAUGCACUUUUCAGUAGUUUUGUUCUUAAUAAAGAAUUUUCAUUGUAAAAAUUUUUUAGGAGUACUACAAGAUUAAUUUAUGUGCACUGUCAACCAAUUCUGAAAUGUUUUUGCAGGUUUCUUUUGUACAUAUGCUUUUUAAUGCGAAUAGCGUCGGUUAUAAUUGGUGCCGCGUUGAUGAUCUUCGAAGCAGCGCGGUAAUACGUAGCAGCGAAAACAACGGCUGAGAUAUUGUGGUGUUGAUUUGUAAAUGUUUCGCAAGGGAUUAAAGUUUUCCUCUCUCUCUAGUCUCUAAUGUGAUUUAGAAAAAUACCUGACAAAAAAAAAAAAAAAAAAAAGGAAAACCUCACAGAAUGCACUGAGUUACACCAGCAGUUGUCUCCACCCCGUUUUGCGCUUUUAAUUUAUUUCGUCUUCAUUUCUACUCCUCAUUUCUGAUCGAAUGACAUUCAAAAGCUGCCGUUUCCGCCUCGACACCACUCGCUUACGUUCUGUGUAUUAGAUAAAUAUUAGCUGCUUAUUUCGCUAGAUAGAACAGAGGUCGUAUGCUUCUGAAAGCUUACUUGGGUUAAUGCUCCAUACAUUCACUGGUAUCAAAUUUUGGUCACUAUACCAUAUAUGUUUUUUGAUUGAAUUUUAAAACACGGGACAUUUUACGCUAGCCUGGCAAAUGGGACUCAUUUUUAGGCUUUACAUGUAUCAGGUGCAUCACUGGGUAUCCGACACUACUGUACCGUUCUAAAGGUUUUGCCCAUUCGAAUUAAAAAAAAAAGACCAUUCAGGUAGAUUUUCUCUCUGCAAAUAAAAGAAAUGUUUUUGAUGAUGUAAAAAAAUAAAAUAAACAAAAAAUGUGCCAAGUAUGCUGGCAUUGCCUUAGCACCAUUUCUAUGAUUUUCUGUGACGUAGGCUUCUGACCUGGUAGUAUCCUAACCUGACUUUAUGCCAUUCCUUAUUUAAUCCCAUUUCAUUUAUUCUUACUUUGCUAGGAAAAUAACAUAAGGCAAAAAAAAAAAAAAAACAUGAGGGCAAAGCCUUCAGAACUCAAUAUCCGUUUCAACUUAGCGCAGCAUUUUAUCAUGGCAUGUGGCACCGUGUGUUUGUGUAUGCAAUGUAGCGGAUACACUGCUUAUCUUGAGCCUCAAUACCAUGACAGUCAUGGAUGGUAUACGUCUAUGUGGGCACUACAGUUCAGGGAACCCUCUUGAUUUUUUUUUAUAUAUAUAUAUAUAUAUAUAAUAUAAAAAGAUUGUGAUGGGUUAGAACGGAUGCACACUGCAGCAUCAAGGAACCGAGGUCCUUCCUAGUUUGCUACAUGACAAAAUGGUCUCCAAUGAAUAUGUGGUGCACUUAACUUUUUUUUAUACUAAACCUUAAGUAUAAAACAAAAUUUAGAAUAAAAGCUAUUUUGAAUUUUGA